UCACUGAGAAAUGUAUUCUGUCUUUUUUCUGCUCAUUCUCAGCAUCAAAUCCUAACACAACAGGACCAUGUCUGUGUAUCGCCAAACAAACUCUGUUGGAGGAAGCAACAAAGUCUCCAGUGCCUCUUCAGUUGCUUCACCUGGGAAAAACAUAGGCAGCUUCAGCACACUCUCUGUCUGUCGUUCAGGCGGUGGAGGUGCAGGCUCUGGCCGUGUUAGUGUUGGUGGCUUUGGCAGCAGAAGUCUCCAGAAUCUAAGAGGAAGUAAAAGAAUUUCCAUCAGUUCACAGUCCCGUUAUGGACAAGGUUUUGGAGCUGGAGCAGGAUUUGGUGGAGGACUAGGUUCUGGAUUUGGUGGAGGACUAGGUUCUGGAUUUGGUGGAGGGCUGGGUUCUGGAUUUGGUGGUGGUCCCAGCUUUCCAGUGUGCCCACCUGGGGGAAUCCAACAAGUCACUGUUAACCAAAGUCUUUUAGCCCCACUGAAUUUGGAAUUUGACCCCACCAUUCAGAGAGUGAGAACAGAAGAAAGAGAACAAAUUAAGACUCUUAACAACAAAUUUGCAUCCUUCAUUGACAAGGUGCGGUUCUUAGAACAACAGAACAAAGUACUGGAAACAAAAUGGAACCUCUUACAACAGCAAGGUGUGAAAACAGUUAAAAAUACAAUUGAGCCACUUUUUGAAACCUAUAUCAGUAACAUGAGAAGGCAACUUGACAGCUUGGGAAAUGAUAAAGCACGUUUAACUUCAGAGCUGAGCCAAAUACAGGAUGCUGUAGAAGAAUUCAAGAAAAAGUAUGAAGAUGAAAUCAACAAGCGAACAGCUGCGGAAAAUGACUUUGUGGUUCUUAAAAAGGAUGUUGACGCUUCUUACAUGAACAAGGUGGAAUUAGAAGGUAAAGUGAAUGCCUUGACAGAUGAAAUCAACUUUAUGAGAGCUCUCUAUGAAGCUGAACUUGCACAGAUGCAAACACAGAUUUCCGACACAUCAGUUGUUCUCUCCAUGGACAACAACAGAAGUCUGGACCUGAAUGGUAUCAUCGCUGAAGUUAAGGCCCAGUAUGAGGAAAUUGCUAACAGGAGCCGGGCUGAAGCUGAGUCCUGGUACCAAUCAAAAUAUGAGGAAUUGCAAGUUUCUGCUGGAAGACAUGGCGAUGAUCUGAAAAGUACAAAGACUGAAAUAUCUGAGCUAAACCGUAUGAUUAACAGACUGCGCUCUGAAAUUGAUAAUGUUAAAAAGCAGUGUGCCAAGCUUCAGAGUGACAUUGCUGAGGCUGAGGCCCGUGGGGAAAAUGCAUUGAAAGAUGCCAAGCAGAAGUUGGUUGAACUUGAAGCUGCUCUGCAGAAGGCCAAGCAGGACAUGGCUCUCCAACUGCGAGAAUACCAGGAGCUGAUGAAUGUGAAACUGGCUCUGGAUAUUGAGAUUGCCACAUACAGGAAACUGCUGGAAGGAGAGGAGAGCAGGUUGGCAGGAGAAGGUGUGGGCCCUGUAAACAUCUCUGUAACGAGUUCAAGCUAUGGUAGCAGCAGUGGAUCCAGCCAUGGUUAUGGAGUUGGAGUUGGAGGCUGCAUGGGUUCUGGAAGUGGAUUUAGUUCUAGUAUUGGAGGAUACGGUUUAGGAGGUGGAAACGUCAGCACCAGCAGUGGAAGAAAUGCAUAUGUUGGCUCCGGAGGUGUCAGCGGCUCAAAUGUAAAAAUCGUGUCAAAAACCUCCCAAAGCUCCUCAAGCUCCAGGAGAUAUUAAGUUCUAAAAAAAAACAUACCACAAAAUGAAAUAUACAUCUAUCGGAUUCUAAAAGUGAUGCUUAUUGUAAGAUGUUGCAAUCUUGUGGUUGAUAAGUAUU